UUUUGUCCCACCGAGCGGCUCACUGAAAUCGAGAAUGGCGGCCACCAAGUACGACAGCUUCGAAAAGAUCUGGUCGGGGCCCAAGGACAAGGAGUACUAUGGACCUGAUAUGACCCUGGGCGAGGUGGCCCUGAUCAUACUGCGUCUCUAUUCGGACAAGGUCAUGCAGGUGUUCGAUCCCACGGGCGAGGAGCUCACUGGAGGUCAGUUGUUGGAGCAAAGUCGCCGGUUGGCCCAUGCCUUCCAAAAAUUAAAGUUGCAGCGGGGAGAUGUGGUGGGGAUCUCGGCCAAGAACACCACGUAUCUCACGGAAGUGGUAAUCGCAGCAUUGCUUAAUGGAACACCCAUCAAUCCACUCCACCCCGACUUUGACCCAGAAACCACCGCCUAUAUGUACGAGAUCACCAAGCCCAAGGUGAUAUUCUGUGACCUGGACAACUACCAGACCUUGAGCGCGGUCAAGAGCAGCCUCAAGUUCAAGACGGAGAUCAUCCUGCUCACGGGAACUCUUCCAGGAGUGCGAAAUAUUAGGGAUCUGCUGGCAGAGGGUUGCAUUGGAUACGACGAGAAAACGCUCUUUGCCUGCCCGCAUUUGAGUGGCGACGACACGGCCUUCAUCAUCACCUCCUCGGGAGUAACCGGUUUGCCCAAGGGCGUAACCCGUUCGCAUCGCAGUCUCCUGAACAGCGCCAAAAUCCCUCAGUUGUUCACCUCGGAGACAGUGCUGUUCUGCAUCAGUCCUCUCUACUGGAUCAGUUGCAUCUUCACCCUGCUCGCCUCGCUGGUCAAUGGAUGUCGCAGGAUCAUCACCAAUCGUCCUUUUAGCGUGGAGUACUUUGCCGAUCUGGUGGAGCGUCACCAGGUGACCUUCGUGCUGACUGUGCCCCACCAAAUGGCCCUGUUGGCCAAGAGUCCCCAGAGAGAGGAGCUGGCUGCCAGGAUGCAGUCCGUCCAGUCCUUUGUGUGCAGUGGAUCGAAGGUUCCUCUGGGCAUCUGGCGGCAGUUGUACGAGCUUCUGGGUGCCGACAGGUUUGCCGUGCUGUACGGCCUGACCGAGAUUGGGGGGAUCUCCAAGAAUGUGGGAGGACCGCUGGGCAGUGAGGGCAAGCUGCUGCGCAAUGUUCAAGUGCGUCUGGUAGAUGCACAUGGUCAGACCCUGGGUCCCAAUCAGACGGGUCAGAUCCUGGUGAGACUAAACCUUCGCUGGGGCGGCUACUAUCACAAUCCCCAGGACACCCAGGCCACUGUUACGCCCGACGGCAAGUGGCUUCUUACUGGAGAUCAGGGGUACUUCGAUGACAAUGGAUGUCUGCACUACCAGACCCGUGACACGGAUGUCUUCAAGUACAACCACUUUCCCAUCUACCCCAAGCAAAUCGAGGACGUAAUACUUCAUCUGCCCGGAGUCCAUGAAGUGGCGGUGUUCGCUAUUCCCGAUGAGGUGUCCACCAAUCUCACAGCCUGUGCCGUGGUCCGGGAUCAGGACGAAGUGGGUGCGCAGCUCACCGAGGCGGAUGUAAAGGCCAUUGUGGAGCAGCACCUGAGCGAGGCCUUCCACAUACGCGGUGGAGUCUUCUUCGUGGACAGUCUCCCGAAGACGCAGAACAAAAAGGUUCAGCGCAGGAGGAUCUGGCCAGAGUUGAGUGAGGCCACCACCCAUCUGUGAGAUAAUCUCUUCGAAUGGCUUUUUAAAUAAAUGUCAGCUGUUUGAGAUUGUGCGUUAUGAAAGUAAA